GGCGGUUUUUCCAUAGAGAGGAACCUCUACGGGUUCCGGUUCCGGCUGGUUGUGUGACCCGCGAGAAUGGAGGUGGCUCAGUGUGCGGAGCGGCUUUGCCGGCAGGAAAAGGAAAUCAAGUUCCUGACUGCAGAAAUUGACCGGCUGAAAAAUUGUGGAUGUUUGGGAGUUUCCCCAAGCUUGGAGGGAUUGCGGGAAGAGAAUGCGAAACUUAAAUAUCGCAUAAAUGUUCUGCAGAAGAGUCUUCAGGAGGAACAGAAUAGGGGAAAACCUUCAGAAGGCAUGAUUAAUAUCAACAACCUCCUUCAAGAAAUUUUUGGUGUGGCUAUUAAAGCUUCUUAUCCAGACCUAGAAAACCCUCCACUGGCAGUAACACCAAGUCAGCAGUCCAGGUUUGGUGAUUACCAGUGUAACAGUGCUAUGAGCAUAACUCAGAUACUGCUCAAAACUAAGGAGCAAAAAGUUAGCCCACGAGAAAUUGCUGACAAGAUUGCCAGAAGCAUUCCUGACAACGAAUGUAUUGAGAAAGUUGAAAUUGCUGGGCCAGGUUUUAUCAAUGUACACCUCAGAAAAGACUUUGUAUCUAAACAGCUGAGCAGUAUGCUGGUGAAUGGUGUUCAGCCCCCAGCUGUUGGCAAGAGGAAAAAGGUGGUGGUUGAUUUCUCCUCUCCUAACAUUGCAAAAGAGAUGCACGUUGGUCACCUGAGGUCAACUAUAAUUGGGGACAGCAUGUGUCGUCUCUUUGAAUUUGUGGGGUAUGAUGUUCUACGAUUAAACCAUUUAGGAGAUUGGGGCACCCAGUUUGGAAUGCUGAUUGCUCACUUGCAAGAUAAAUUCCCAGAUUAUUUGACUGUUUCACCCCCCAUUGGAGAUCUUCAAGCUUUUUAUAAGGAAUCCAAAAGAAGAUUUGAUACAGAGGAGGAGUUUAAGAAGCGUGCAUACCAGUGUGUGGUCCUAUUACAGAGCAAAAAUCCAGAUUUCAUUAAGGCUUGGAAACUGAUUUGCGAUGUAUCCCGGAAAGAAUUCCAAAAAAUCUAUGACUGUUUAGAUAUCUCCCUAAUAGAAAGAGGAGAAUCUUACUAUCAAGAUAAGAUGUGCGAUGUCGUGAACGAGUUUGAAAAAAGAGGGUUUGUACAAGUGGAUGAUGGCCGGAAGAUUGUCUUUGUUCCAGGUUGCUCUAUUCCCUUGACAAUUGUGAAAUCAGAUGGAGGGUUCACAUAUGACACAUCUGAUUUAGCAGCAAUAAAGCAGAGGCUGUUGGAAGAAAAAGCUGACGGUAUAAUCUAUGUAGUAGAUAGUGGACAGUCUAUGCACUUGCAAACAAUUUUUGCUGCAGCUCAGAUGAUUGGCUGGUAUGACCCCAAGGUGACCAGAGUAGUUCAUGCUUCUUUUGGUGUUGUGUUGGGAGAAGACAAAUUUGUCUCACAGGUUCUGACACCUGAAGAACUGAAAGCAGCCCAAACCUCCGUUGCUUUUGGUUGCAUUAAGUAUGCCGAUCUUUCCCAUAAUAGAAUAAAUGAUUAUAUCUUCUCUUUUGACAAAAUGCUGGAUGACAGAGGAAAUACAGCAGCAUAUUUACUUUAUGCCUUCACUCGAAUCAGAUCAAUAGCAAGGCUGGCCAAUAUUGAUGAAGAGACACUCAAGAAGGCAGCUAGAACAACAGGAAUAAUUUUGGACCAUGAAAAAGAAUGGAAGCUAGGGAAGUGCAUUUUGAGGUUCCCCGAGGUUAUUCAGAAGAUCUUGGAUGACCUUUUACUACAUGCACUCUGUGACUAUCUCUAUGAAUUGGCCACUACCUUUACUGAAUUCUAUGACAACUGCUACUGUGUGGAAAAGGACAGACAGACUGGUAAAAUAGUCAAAGUGAACAUGUGGCGAAUGCUCUUGUGUGAAGCAACAGCGGCUGUCAUGGCCAAAGGUUUUGACAUCUUGGGAAUCAAGCCUGUCCAGAAAAUGUAACUAUCGACUUAAUUUUUUAAAAAACAGACUUGCCAACAUCAAAUCAGUUGACUAUCAUGACCCAUUGUUUUAAAAUAAAAGUAGUGAAUUAUAAAAGUUCCAUUGUCCCUCACUUCAUGAAGAGCAAUUGAAAAAAAAAAUGAUAGCAACUGCACGGCAGUAUCAGCCCCAGUUAAACUUCUCUCUCUCUUGGUACAUUCCAGGAGGCAAAUAGGGUUCAGAUAAAUUCUUUAUUUUACCUAAAUUUAUAUUUCAUGUAAAACUUUGAUUACGACCAAGUUAUAUAGGCCAAAAAAAAAGAGAGAUUUUUUUUAAAAGAGCAUCACACAAUUUGUAAUGUUUAAGCUACUGGCCUGUCACCUGGAAGCAUGCUGCAGAGCAGGCAGUUCCACAUGUGGUUCUUUUCUACCCAUCGUGGCGGCCCUUGGCAUGACAGGAAAGUCUUCUUUAAAGGAAUGGGGCCCUCUCUGGGUUGAUUAACCACAAGGUAGAGAUCAGCCAGAGCCCUCUGUCCACAGAGCAGUGAUGCACCAUAAAAAAGCAACAGGAUACCAGCCUUGAAGCAAAAUGUGAUGAGAGGGACAUGUUUUCUCAGAACAUCCCAAUAGCCUGCAAAGCUCAUACUAGCCAGAUGUGAAGAGUAGCUUGCCAGCCAGUCUGGUGCAAUGACUGAGAGACACAUAGAGCCAUGGAGUUGUAAUGGGUCUCCAUGAACAAAUCCAUCUGUGCAAGUCAAUAAUGCAAUUAUUGAAUGCAGCACCUUUAUUAAAGGCGUAUUGUCUGAACGUAGAUGCAACUAUUUUAACAGUAUUUACAGUAAAAGUUAGACAGUUUGCAAAUAUAAGUGCAUAGUAUACAUAUUAAGUAUUACCUUUAUAUUAACUUAGAAGUACCACUUGUAAGUCAAUGCAUUAUGUUUCUCCCCUCUUUCUGUUUCCAAAAAAAUGCAGGAUAACUUAAGUAUCAGCUUUGUAAUUAAGCACACCUCUCCUUUUCCUGUGCCUAAUGAUUGAAAAUGUUGCUGUUUUAGAUUUCCUUUUGUUUGCAUUCUAAACAAUGGCAAAAUUACAGGGGCUUUUCUGGUAAUAUUGGUGAUACAAGAAAACUCAAAUGAAAUAUUUGUUCAUUAGAAUCUAAAGGGCCCCUUUUGCUACUUAAUUGGUAUUAUUGAAACAACUGCUCAUUAGCUAGAAUAGAUGAAGGACACAACUUCGUUUAUUAAAAAGGAAUUUUUUUUUUGUUUUAAGAUUACAUUUGUAAUGGGUAUGAAUGUGUAAUGGCACACUUGCUAAACACAUUUAAGAUAAAAAUACGUCAUAUCCCCUGUAUCGAUGUUAUGCUAAAAUGCACAUGUUGCCCUGCUCUGACUUUAAACGAGUGGCUGAAUACUGUUAGUGUCCAAACAAAAAGGGAAACCAAAGUCAUGAAAGACAUUCUGGAGAUUAGGCUCUGCAUAGAGAAAGUGAUCAAACCACACCUAUUCAAGAACAAACCUUAACUAUCCCUUAUAUAUUCAGUCCAGCAGGCUAGUUGUGCCAGAGGGCCUGUUCAUCAAAGUUAUUUGACAUGCCAAGUGGAGAGGAGAAUUCAGUAGAAGAUGAUCAAUUCAUGGUGCAAGUCUAAGCUGCCUCAAAUACAGACAGAGGCCUGUAUUUUAUCGCCUUGGUUUGAUUGAUUAAGUCCUGCAGGUUUGUCAACUUAUGUAUGGGGAAAGCCAAUUUAUAAUUGUCUUUGACAUUUUAUCCUUUAAAAGAAACUAGUUACCGUUCAAGUGGCUUAUGAAUUAAAGCAGCUCAGCUGUUUGCAACCCA